ACUCUUUUGCUUGAUCAUGUCCAGCCCCCGAUGACUGUCCAUUGGCGUGGCGCACAGCUUCCCUCCUCCCCUUUCUUCCAGUUUCGCCCUGCCCAUGUUUUGUAUGUCUCUGUCCAUCCAGCCGCUUGACGUUCAAGUUCGUAGGGACGUCACGUCCGCACUUGAACUUGCAGCUCAGGGGGGCUUUUGCCAUUUUUUUCAUCUCUUUCUCUCUCUCUCUCUUUUCUUCCCCCCCCCCGUCUGUUUCUCCCUCUCUUGCACAGAAAGGAAAAAAAGAAAAAGAAAAAGCCAUGACUGCUAUCCCACAAUUCAUCUUCCCCGCGCCAUCUUUGUAUUAUUUCUAAUUUAUUUUGGAUGUCAAAAGACAUUGAUGAAGGUAUUUUCUCUGGAGUCUCCUUCCUUGCUCACCCGGCGCUUCCCGAUGUGAUCCGAGCGAGAGAGCUCCGUGCGCGCCCGCCCGAGCAACCAACACCACAAUGUCUCGCCGCAAGCAAGGGAAACCCCAGCACUUAAGCAAACGGGAAUUUUCGCCCGAACCUAUUGAAGCCAUUCUUACAGAUGAUGAACCAGAUCAUGGUACUUUGGGAGCUCCAGAAGGCGACCACGACCUCCUUACCUGUGGCCAGUGUCAGAUGAACUUCCCUUUGGGGGAUAUUCUUAUUUUUAUUGAGCACAAACGGAAACAAUGCAAUGGCACUCUUUGCCUAGAGAAGGCUGUGGAUAAGCCCCCUUCGCCCUCGCCAAGCGAGCUGCGAAAAAUUUCCAAUCCGGUGGAGGUUGGCAUCCAGGUCACACCUGAGGAUGACGAUUGUUUGUCAACGUCAUCUAGAGGAAUUUGCCCUAAACAGGAACAUAUAGCAGGUAAAGAUGAACCCAGCAGUUACACGUGUACAACAUGUAAACAGCCAUUCAACAGCGCCUGGUUUCUCUUGCAACAUGCACAGAACACUCAUGGAUUAAGAAUCUACUUAGAAAGUGAACAUGGAAGUCCUCUGACACCCCGGGUUGGUAUCCCAUCAGGACUAGGUGCAGAAUGCCCUUCUCAGCCACCACUCCAUGGGAUUCACAUUGCAGACAAUAAUCCUUUUAAUCUUCUUAGAAUACCUGGGUCAGUCGCGAGAGAAGCAUCAGGUCUUGGAGAAGGGCGUUUCCCUCCCACACCUCCUUUGUUUAGUCCCCCUCCAAGACAUCAUUUGGAUCCACAUCGCAUAGAACGCCUAGGUGCUGAAGAAAUGGCUCUUGCAACCCAUCACCCCAGUGCCUUCGACAGGGUGCUGCGACUCAACCCUAUGGCCAUGGAGCCUCCAGCUAUGGAUUUCUCCAGGCGGCUUAGGGAGUUAGCUGGAAACACCUCUAGUCCACCAUUGUCACCGAACCGGCCCAGCCCUAUGCAAAGGUUACUACAACCAUUCCAGCCAGGCAGCAAGCCACCAUUUCUGGCAACACCUCCUCUUCCUCCUCUUCAGUCUGCUCCUCCUCCUUCUCAGCCUCCUAUCAAAUCCAAGUCCUGUGAAUUUUGUGGGAAAACCUUUAAAUUUCAGAGCAACUUAGUUGUCCAUCGUAGAAGCCACACUGGAGAAAAACCCUACAAGUGCAACCUUUGUGAUCAUGCAUGCACUCAAGCAAGCAAGUUAAAACGCCACAUGAAAACACACAUGCACAAAUCCUCUCCAAUGACUGUGAAGUCAGAUGAUGGCCUCUCUACAGCCAGUUCCCCAGAGCCCGGAACCAGUGACCUUGUUGGCAGUGCUAGCAGUGCCCUCAAAUCUGUGGUGGCUAAGUUUAAAAGUGAGAAUGAUUCCAAUAUUAUUCCAGAAAAUGGGGAUGAAGAAGAGGAAGAAGAGGAGGAGGAGGAAGAAGAGGAGGAAGAAGAAGAGGAGGAGGAUUUGACUGAAAAUGAAAGGCCAGACUAUGGGUUUGGCAUCAAUCUAGAAGCAGCUCGGCACCAUGAAAACAAUUCCCGGUCUAUUGAGGAGAAUCGUUCUAUCCCGGAUGUCAUGCAAGGGAUGGUCCUGAGUUCCAUGCAGCACUUCAGUGAGGCUUUCCAUCAGGUUCUUGGUGAGAAACAUAAACGAGGGCACUUAUCUGAAUCUGAGGUGCAUAGAGAUACAUGUGAUGAAGACUCAGUAGCUGGUGAAUCUGAUCGCAUCGAUGAUGGUGCUAUUAAUGGUCGGGGGUGUUCCCCUGGUGAAUCUGCCUCCGGAGGUUUGUCCAAAAAGCUGCUCUUGGGUAGCCCAAGCUCCCUAAGUCCUUUUUCUAAACGCAUCAAACUUGAGAAGGAGUUUGACCUUCCCACGACAGCUAUGCCUAACACUGAAAAUGUUUACUCCCAGUGGCUAGCUGGGUAUGCUGCUUCUCGGCAGCUAAAAGAUCCAUUCCUCAACUUUGGAGACUCCCGACAAUCGCCUUUUGCUUCCUCCUCAGAACACUCCUCUGAAAAUGGAAGUUUACGCUUCUCGACGCCUCCCGGGGAGAUGGAUGGAGGGAUAUCAGGCCGCAGCGGUACAGGAAGUGGAGGGAGCACCCCGCAUAUUAGUGGUCCAGGCCCUGGAAGGCCUAGUUCAAAAGAGGGCAGACGCAGCGACACUUGUGAGUACUGUGGGAAAGUCUUCAAGAACUGUAGUAACCUCACUGUCCACAGGAGAAGCCACACUGGGGAAAGGCCUUAUAAAUGUGAGCUGUGUAACUACGCCUGCGCCCAGAGUAGCAAACUCACCAGGCACAUGAAAACGCAUGGUCAGGUGGGGAAGGACGUUUACAAAUGUGAAAUUUGUAAGAUGCCUUUUAGCGUGUACAGUACCCUGGAAAAACACAUGAAAAAAUGGCACAGUGAUCGAGUCUUGAAUAAUGACAUAAAAACUGAAUAGAGGUAUAUUAACUUGACCCCUUCUCCUUCCUUCCCCCAAUUUAUUCCUGGCCCCCGUGUAGAGAUUUUCUAGUCCCUUGUGAGUAAAAUAUUGGAAGCUAAGAAUGAUAUUAAGAAAGUGCUUGUCACCAGCACACCUGUUUUCAUCUUCCUUUUUGUUUUGUUUCUUUUCCCUUUCUUUUCUGUUUUCAUCAUUUGAAUGCAUGAUCUGUAUUGGGGCAAUACUACGCAAACUUUGAGCCUUUCUCUUGUGCAAUAAUUUACAUGUUGUGUAUGUUUAUUGAUUUUUUUAAAAAUUAGACAGCAUGUAUGGUAUGUUAUGACUGUUGUUUUUUUAAAAAAAAAAUGUCCCCAAAUUCUUUGCUGAGCAAACAGACAAAAAGACCUUUCAUACACAUGCACAGCACCAUGGCUGUUUCCAGUGAUGUUCCAGAAAGAGAGAAAAGUAAAACAAGUAUUUUUAAACAACCAACCAUGCUGCAUACAUUCUGUAAUAUAUCAUAUCCAUGUUUGUGUUUUAACAGAUAAAUGAAAAUGUGCUUUGAAUUAACCCUUUAUGGAUAGACAGAUAGGACUGAAAAGGAAAAUAUUCCUUGUUACUUUGAUUUCUGUCUUUAAAAACAUUGACAAUUUCAGUUAAUUUUUGGUAGGGAGAUAAGUCUUUAAUUGAAAAAUGAGGAAAUGAGAGCAAAAAGAUAAAUGUGUACUAUCAUUUGGUUUAAAAUAGAAAUCUGAGUGCCUUGAAUAUAUUUAAGCCAUGUUGGUGGCAACUACUUGUUCUAAACUUGUAGGACAACUUUCGCACUGGGCAAUGUAAAUGAGUCCUUUAGGACCUAGCCGAUAACUCUGUAUUAUAUUUUCAGAACAGUGGCUACCUAAAAACAAAAACAAAGAAACCCAACAAAUCCUCGUUAAUCAUCAUUCGAUCCCCUCCUCAGCCCACCUUUUUUUUUAAAAAAAAAUGAGUGAUCAUAGAACUGAAGUUUAUUUUGCUCUAGGAGAGUUUAAAACAAUCAUCUUAAUCAUAGAGAAUGCUUCUCUCUCAGGUUAAAAUAUUAUUAACCUGUAUCAGUCCCUUCCCUUAUCCUUCUCUUCCCCCUCAUUUCCAUUUUAAAAUUAUUUUAUUGAUAAAAAGAAUGUGACUUGUGCAGAAGGCCUUGGAAGAUGAUUAAGUAUGUGAGAAAGAAAAUUCAUGUUAUAAAGAUUUUUUUAAAAAUCUCUUAGUGAUCCUACACAAAAUAAAACUUAAUAGUAAAAACAGAAACUAUUAAGUGCAGGUCUAGAUGGUUGUCAACUUGACAAUCAAAUUAAUAAUGCACAAACGUGUGUAUCAUAUAUUUAUCUAUGAUUUCCCUCUAUACAAGGAAAGGUGUAUAAACAGUCUGGCAAUAAUAUUUUACUGAUGUGUAAAAAUAUAGUGAUUUAUUAGCACUGUUUGCCAUUUAAAAUUAAGAACAGGUUAUAAGCUAAUAUUGAUAUGAUGAUUAACUAUGAGCUAUUAAGAUUUGCCUUGAUGUGUGACAUUCUGAGAGAGAGAGAAAAUAGUCGUGCUCCCUAAAAGUUGUUCUUCAUGUUGUUUCUUUUUUAAUCAUAUGCUAUGUGCUAGUUAUAUUGACAAGAAAAAAGGAUUCAUUACUUUUAUGAUUAAGCUAGCAUCUGCCCCGCUGGAAGUUCACAUAGCACUUGACUCUGCCUGUCGUGUCUGUAUUGUUUCUUUUAAUCAGAGGUACACAGGUUGAGUAUAAAAAACUUUUUUAAGACUGCUCAGAUAGGACAAUUUAAAUGCACUGUACAAUUUUCCCAGUUUACAGGUCUAUACUUUAAAGGGAAAAAUUGCAAGAUUAAUGAUUUUUUCAAUGAGCAUGAUCUCAUGAUAAACAUAUAAAUAAUUCUGCCAGCUUGCCAUUUUACUUGAUUAAUGAGUGGGACAUAACAUGGCGCUGUAAAUGGGAACAAGUCCUGCAGUUAUGUAAAAAAAAAAAAAAAAAAAAAAAAAACAGAGAGAUUGGUCUCCUACAGUGCAAAGAAGUGGUUAUUUUGUACAAAACUUUUAAAAAUAUAAAUGUUAUGAUUUUUUAAAAAAAUUCAUUAUGUUUAGGGGAAAAUGUAUUUUAGGAUUCAUUGUCUUGGUGGUAUACAAGACCUGUUCUUCCUUGAAAACCAAUAGUUAAAAAAAUCCUAUGCCUUGGAUAUACACACAACAUUUCAGGUUGUAAAAUAAAUACAAUGGGAAAAGGUUUAACAAUAUAUAGUACUUAAAUAUAGGAAUAUGCACACUCCUAUGCUAAGAAGAGGAAAAGCAAACAAAUGGAAAAGAAGAAAAACACAUUUAUGGUCUCUUUUUUUCUGUAAUUUUUAGAAUGGUAUUUGAAUUUAAUGUUCACCUAGAGUAGUCACUAUAGUAUUUAUAAUGAAGCUUGUAUUUUUAACUGUUGCUUGUUUCUCUUUUUUUAAAAAAAGGGUAUCAGUUACCUUUUUUGGUAGUGGAAAAACACAUACACACAAACAAAAAACAAAUAGGCUGCCACAGUAUAUUUUUUUUUAAUUUGGCAGGAUAAUAUAAUGCAAAAUAUUUGUAUGUUUCAAAAAAUAACGACAAGAAAAGUGUGACAUUGUACAGAUAGGCCAUAUAAUGGCUAUUUUGGGGGAGGGGGGACAAAAACCUGUUUGAAUGUCUCACUAAAUUAGCAUCUCUGAUGGUUGUACAUAUCAAAGUUCUUUUGGGGUUUCUUUGUUUUUUGCUGCCAUAUUGUAUGCAGUAAUGCAAGGUGAUGAUGUUGGUUUGUUCUGUAGUGUGCUCUUUGGUCCCUUUUCUUCUCUUACCCUUUUACAUUCCAGCAUCUUAAACUUCAUAUGCAGUAAAAGAAAAAAAAAUUAAAAAAUAGAAUGAAAGGAAAAAAUAAAGUUUUGCAGGCUUUUUUUUCCAUUGCCAAAAAGAAAAAUAAAUUAAAAUGGUGCUUUAUAUAUUUAGAUUGGAAAGAAUUUCAUAUGCAAAGCAUAUUAAAGAAAGAGAGAGAGAGAGAGAGCGCCCCGCUGGAGUCGAUAACUUUUUUGUAUAUGGCAAUGCAAAAUAUUUUGUUAUUAUCAACCUUUUCUAUUCCUGUCAUGAAAGCUGUUUGUCGUAACCUGAAAUUUUAUCUUUUACUAUGGAAGUCACUAUUUAUUAUUGCUUACACGCUCUGUUGAGAACAGUGGCGUCAGAUUUGAUCUUUGUUUUUGUUUUUUAUUAUUUAGAUGACCAAAGGUCAUUGACAACCUGGCUUUUUAUUGUAUUUUUUUUUCUUUGUCUUUGUUAAGUUCUAUUGGGAAAACCACUGUUUGUGUUUUGGGAGGGAGAAUCUUUUUUUAAUUGGGCAGUUGUCUGCAUUACCCUGUUCAUUCACCCAUUUUGUCCCUAAACUGAAAAAAAUAAAAAAAAAAUUGCUUAAAGUACAUACCAUAAGCUUUGCGUAUCCUCAUUUGACACACACUGUAAAUUUCCCUCAGUGAGAUAGAAGCCCAGUGGGUUUUCUUCACAGGGCAUUUUAAUAUAUUACUAACCUAAAGACCCAGAAAGCUCCCUAUUUAUACUACAAUAAAAUAUUUUGCCCCUGAGGAAAUGCUUCUUUGGUUUUAUAUUGAGAUGAUUUUAAAAAAAAUGAGGAAAACUUUAUUUUAUUUUCCAUCUAGAUGUUUUCCUUCUCUCCUUUCUGAUUUUUCUAAGAAUGCAUAGGUAAAGACUAAAAGGUGAGCAGGUUGGUGAAGCUCAUAUUUGUCUGUGAGAGGGGCUAUCGUUUUGGCCACUCCCAUACCCUUUCUGUUUUGCACUGUUGCAUACAAUCACUAACAUACCGAGUUAUAAAAUGAUAUGCAACCCUGCUUGGUGACCUUCCAUAAUUCCCUCCUCUUUCCCAACUUUAAAAUCAACUAAAGAUCCAUGUGAUAUGAAUUGGAAAUAUGUGGUCUCUGCUGUGCAGUCUAAUAUAGUAAAGGCAGAAACAUUUUAAGGAUGCACAUCGAAACAUACUGGGGUGCGCAUUAUAAAUCCCCCAAGUUUGCAUCUUCCAGACUUCAACAUAUUGGGAAAUUGCUUUGUGAUACUUUGUCCAAUCGGAAAACAGACUGGGAUAGGAGCUGCUGUUUUUAUAUAGUCUGUACAGUUGAUAGGUUUUAUCAAUACACUCUGUGUGUGUGUGUGUGUGUGUGUGUGUGUGUGUGUGUGUAUUGUCUUUAAAUUGACAUAUAUAUAUAUAGUAUAUAAGUUUUA